UUCAGAUUUCUUGCUAUAAGUCGGGACUGCAUGUGCACGCAGGCGGAUGGGCACUUUGCAUCACCAUAAAAAACCUCAAUCAUGGACCCAACAUCAUCUAGAUCAAAAAGCAGAUCCCGCAUAAAUGAAGACGUAGAAGGGUCCAAAAGAUCUGAACCCCCUCGCCACAAGAAAACCCGCAAACCCUCGCUGGACAUGGAGGACGAGGAGGCAAGAGACUUGACCGAACGACCAAAGAGUGGGACCCGCAAAAAAAGAACACAUAGAGAUCGCGACGCGGACCUUGAUCAUCAGCGGGAUGUGGAGCGACAGGGACAAACAUCGAUGCGAAACGAACCUGACACGGAACCUGGAUAUACAAGUCGGGAGAGGGGCAGAUCGAAACAUGGAAAGGCCUCUUCCACGGCGACGCUCGAUCGGAAUGUGACUAUUGAUAAUGAGGACGAGGCGAGGGCGGACUUGGGGCGGACGCGUGGGCACAGCAAGUCGAGGGAGAAAUUACGGAGGGAGCGGGGGGAGGAUGUUGAUGACGGGAGAGGUGGCAGGAUGGAGAGGAGCGGGUCUGUGGGGAAGCUGAGGAAGGCGGGGUCGAGUGGGAAGAUGAGUAAGCAAGGAAGGUCAACGGACCGUCAACCGGAGAAAGAGAAGUACAUAAAGAUCAAAUCGCCAACGUCAGACCAGUACGUGAUCUUAUCAACCAGUGAGCUGCAGCGUCUGGCCAAAAGGACCGAGCAUGAGGCUGAGCGCGGAGAUCUGCAAGCAAAUGAGGAACUGCCGGUUGUAACGCCAGACGACGUGACGGCGUAUUAUGUUCAAGAGGACGGCAGGUUCCGCCCGGGCUUUAGUCGGAAUCCCCGACGCUCGAACCACCUCAACAACGAGCUUGAGAUGGGUUACUACGGGCAGAAAGCCAAAGAUGCGAUGUUGAUGCGCUUAGCAGAUACUCUGCAACGCGAAACGAACCAUCUAACACAUCUCCUCGCCGGGAUCUACUGCGGUCUCUGCCUCCUUUCCCUGCUGCUCCUCCCAACCAUCUCCUCUCUCGACUUACAACCGACGACAAUAACAGCAAGCGACCUGCCCCAUGAGCCCGCCUUCCGGUUUUUGGCGUUCUACUCGCCACACGCGAAAGUAGCGAAUGUGAUUUUCAACGUGUUUGCGACGGCGAUGUUUCUGGACGCGGUGAAUGUGUUCUAUGGGGCACCUCGUGGGAUGAAUGAGACGGGCGAGGGGAGGGAACGAUGGUGGUCGAAGAGGUUGAGCUGGGCGUGGGUGGCAUUUUUUCUUGUCAUUGUGACAUUCAUAACAUGGCUCGCAACGGUAUUGAUCACCCCGCUGGACGAUCGGAUCCACGAGUCGCAAAGUACCGCCGGUGCCGGACCAUACGGAGAUCCCGAAUGGUUCUCCUCAUUGGCUGCAUUCCAGUCCAAUCCAUCGAUUAUGGAGGAUCUAUACCGGUGGAAGAUCCUGAAUUUGCUCCGCGGCGUGUUCGGUAUCAUUGCGUGGCUCCUUCUGCGGUGGAUCAACAAUCAUCCGACGAAUGUCAUAUGGGACAGGACACAAGUGCUUGUUUAGCGAGUUUUCACGGCUUCUAUGUGCAAUGCAUGUACACCAUAGUUUUCCAAGCAUUUGUUAUGCAGACGGGGGGUCCUGGUCGUGGUGAUAUAUAUGUCCAUGUUCAAGCACAAGCUCCAUCUUGCCCUAUUCUACUACGCCGCUGUGAAUAG